GUGAAGCCAUGGGAAAGAUUCGGUGAUACAGACUGAAGUGAUAAAAUGCUGAUAACUGGCGAUACAGUGUUGACAAUUGACUGAAUAGGCUAGUUCUAGUUACGACAUGGUAAGAUGAAUACACGCUCUAGUUCUGUCUUCUUACUGACCUAUACGGAAGUCUGGCCAAAGUCCUCUAGUUCUAAACAAAAACACUAUUAAACAACAGUCCGUGCACAUCGUGUUGACAUUCUUUUGCAGCUGUUAAUGUAAGACUGAAUGCUUCAAUGGAGCGUCCAUGCCUCUGGAAACUUACACCAGGACUCCUUAUCCUUAUUGCUUCUGUGAAAUGCUGCGCUGGGCUGAAGAAUGAUGACCUUGGGAUGAAACCUAACUUUGUUCUGAUAAUGGUUGACGACCUGGGUAUUGGAGACAUUGGCUGCUUUGGGAAUGACACAAUCAGGACCCCGAACAUUGACAAACUGGCGCUUGAUGGGGUGAAACUGACUCAACACAUUGCAGCAGCACCAUUGUGCACCCCCAGCAGAGCUGCAUUCAUGACAGGACGUUACGCCCUGCGUUCAGGGCUUGGGGCUACGGGGAGAGUGCAGGUUAUCCUUUUUUUGGGCGGCUCCGGCGGACUCCCUCCCACGGAGACAACUUUUGCCAAACUCCUGCAGAAAGAGGGCUACACGACUGGUAUUGUUGGGAAAUGGCACUUGGGGGUAAAUUGUGAGAGCAGGAGUGACCACUGCCACCAUCCCAACAACCAUGGAUUUGACUACUUCUAUGGCCUUCCCUUUACCCUCUUCAACGACUGCAAGGGCGGAGAGGGUUCAGAUGUGUUAGUUGACGUACAAAUGAAGCUGCGGGAUCUGACAGUGCUCGCUGGUCUGGCUGUGUUCACUGUGGUUUUCGUACGUGUCGUUGGCCUGUUUGAGGUCAGUGGAAAAGUGAUUGUGUCACUGGCUGUGCUCUGGGUGCUGGCUUUCGGGGUGUGGUACAUGCCGUUUCGGCUCCACACCUGGAACUGUAUCAUCAUGAGGAACCAAGAGGUGGUGGAGCAGCCUAUGGUUCUCGAAACGCUAACCGAGCGCCUCAUCAAAGAAGCUGAGCAGUUCGUCGAAACGAACCAGCACAAGCCCUUCAUGCUCUUUCUGUCACUUGCACAUGUGCACACCCCACUCUUCAUAUCCAAAGACUUUGCGGGAAAGAGCAAGCAUGGGCUCUACGGGGAUAAUGUUGAGGAGGUGGACUGGAUGGUUGGGCGGAUGGUGGAUGCCAUUGAAAGACUUCACCUCUCAGACAGGACGUUGAUGUACUUCACAUCAGACCAUGGGGGAUUCAUAGAGGACUCUGAUGCCCGUGGACAGAAGGGUGGCUGGAAUGGAAUUUAUAGAGGUGGGAAAGCCAUGGGUGGCUGGGAGGGGGGAAUCCGUGUGCCCGGAAUAUUCCGCUGGCCAGGACGGCUGGCUGCUGGAAAGGUGAUUGACGAGCCAACCAGCCUCAUGGAUGUUUAUCCCACACUGGUGAACCUCGCUGGAGCACAUCUCCCCAAGGACAGAAUCCUUGACGGGCACGAUCUGAUGCCACUGCUGGAGGGCAGAACGGAGCGCUCUGAACACGAGUUCAUGUUCCAUUACUGUGGACAGUACCUGAAUGCUGUGCGUUGGCAUCCUCCAGGCAGCGCUGCUGUCUUCAAAGUGCACUUUUUCACCCCCAACUUCUCCCCACCUGGAGCCGGCGGUUGCUAUGACAUCGGAAUCUGCAUGUGUCACGAAGAAUUUGUCACCUACCACGACCCGCCGCUGAUGUUUGAUCUAGCCGCGGACCCGUCUGAAGGCAAUCCUCUCACCGUCGACACUGAGCCCCGCUACGCGGAGGUGCUGCAGAGGAUCAGUGCAGCGGUGGAGGAGCACAGUGGCACCCUGCAGCCCGCCGCCCCGAACCAGCUCUCCUGGGAGAACGUGCUGUGGCGGCCGUGGCUGCAGCCCUGCUGUGGCACCUUCCCAUUCUGCUCCUGUGCGGAGGGGAACACAAGCUCAGCUGCGGCUGCAACCGCAGCAUGACUGUAGUCCUGCAGUAGGGCAUGGAUGGGUGCAGUGGUGUAGUCUACUUUUUUAAAGUGGGUAUACUGUAUAUUUCAGUAUUUUUGUAGUGGGUACUGUAUAUUGAGCUAUACUAAACCCUGAAUCAAUCACUAUUAGGUGGGUAUACUGUGUACACCUGUGUUCUACGUAGACUACACCACUGGAUGGGUGGCUUGCUUUCAUUCCGUAUGUAUCCCGGCAUUCGUCAUUUGAAAGUCAUUGAGGAUUGAAGGCUGUAGUAUUCGUCAGGAGGUAGAUUGUAAAUCGCUAUUGAUUUAUUCAUCAAGUGAAUCGGGUCAAGUCAAGACACUGAAAAAUAUACAGAGAGACUAACAUUUCCGUUACAUUCCAAGUAAAAACCAACAUAACACAGUGCCUUACAUGUUAAGACUUAAAUAUAUUGAAAUGUUAUAUUGUAAGGAGAAUUUAACCAUACAACUUUACUGUCAGUGUUAUUAUCCCAGCUUCAAAGUGUAAGCUUACAAUGUGAUAAUGCCUCCACUCUGGUGCAUAUACUGUACACUAGAAGGCUGGUUGAAAGAAGAAAUGUGAAAGUUACCUAGCUGACCAGGUGGAGGCAGUGUUGUCCAGCUGAAAAUACUUGCCCACUCCACUCCAUCUGAACUGUCUCUGUCACCCUCUUGAACACCUCCCUUUGUUUUGUUUUGUUUUUAUUUUGGUUUUUAAAAUUUACUUGAUUUUUGGAUGUAAUAAGGGAACAUCUUUGUGAAUGGUGAUAGAUCAAUGUGAAUUUGAAAAGCUGUUCAGCAGUAAAGGGUGUAAUGUUUACCCUGUCUUCCAACUUGCCAGGGCCUAGACAUGCUGUGAAAUUGUUGUGUUAUAAUGAGCGAAAAUUAUCAAUUAGAAUUUUUUACCCGCAUAUUCCCCGAAUUAUAGUCGAUAACACAGUUCAAAAUGGUGCAUGGAUAACGCCCCCAUUUUUUGUGCAAACCAAUGUACAAUUGCCAAUGUACACAGCCAAGUGGAAUGACUUAAUGUUCAGUGCAUUAGAAAUCAGAUGGAGGUUUAUGACCAGGCAACAUAAAUGGUCACCUAAAAAAGUUACACGUUGGAUCUUUACGAAAUUUUAAGAUACACUGUAUGUAUAUCACCUUUUCAAAGACCUUUGAAUGGUUGAAUGAGGAAUGGUUGUAAGAAUUGAGGAGCAACUGAAAGCUGUUGUUUUUUUAUCAUGGGACCACAAACAGUUUAAACCUACAUUAUCUGGUCUUUGAACCUUGAGGCCAACAUUCAUGUUGUCUACUGUAAAAUGUGUUUUUAAAAU